AUGCUGUACCAGAGACCAGACCAGAGACCAGACCAGACCAUGCCAGACCAGACCAGACCAGACCAGAGACCAGAGACUGUGACCAGACCAGAGACCAGAGACCAGACCAGACCAGACCAGAGACCAGACCACAGAGACCAUGCUACCAGAGACCAGACCAGACCAGACCAGACCAGAGACCAGAGACCAGACCAGAGACCAGACCAGAGAGACCAGAGACCAGGACCAGACCAGACCAGACCAGACCAGGAGACCAGACCAGAGACCAGACUAGACCAGAGGACCAGACCAGAGACCAGACUAGACCAGACCAGACCAGACCAGACCAGAGACCAGAGACCAGAGACCAGACCAUAUAGACCAGACCAGACCAGGACCAGACCAGAGACCAGACCAUGCCAGACCAGACCAUGCCAGACCAGACAUGCCAGACCAGACCAUGCCAGACCAGACUAA